CUGUGUUUCUUGGUGUCUCGCAGGCAGCUCUGCCUGCUCUUGAAUGCAGAGAACAUCUUCCACUCCAUGGCAGAUAUCCUCUUGCGGGAGGAGGACCUCCGCUUUGCUUCCACCAUGGUCCACACCCUCAACACCAUUCUUCUGACUUCUUCUGAGCUCUUCCAGCUGAGGAAUCAACUCAAGGAUCUGAAGACCCUGGAAAGCCGCAAUCUCUUCUGCUGUCUCUACCGCUCCUGGUGUCACAAUCCCGUCACCACCGUCUCCUUAUGCUUCCUCACUCAGAAUUACAAGCAUGCCUAUGACCUCAUCCAGAAGUUUGGAGAUCUCGAGGUGACGGUGGAUUUCCUGGUAGAGGUUGACAAGCUGGUCCAGCUGAUUGAGUGCCCGAUCUUUACCUAUCUCCGCCUGCAACUGCUGGAUGUAAAGAACAACCCUUACCUCCUCAAGGCUCUCUAUGGGCUGCUGAUGCUCCUGCCCCAGAGCAAUGCCUUCCAGCUCCUUUCCCAUCGGUUGCAGUGCGUUCCGAACCCUGAACUCAUGCAAACGGCGUAAGUUACACCUGGGUGGCCAGUGGUCGUCCUUCUCUUCCUGGGCUGAGUCUGGGAUGUCCUAACAAAAAGCAUUUGCUUUACAAUCUCCCACUCCCCACUUUCCAGAGGGGCAGCAGGAGCUGAAUGAAGAGACCUUCCUAUGAGGGAAUUGGUCUGUCUGGGCUUGGAAGGGUCUGGCUGACCAACGUUGCCUGCCUUUGGCUGCUGGCUGGUUGUUAUUUCCAUAGCUCUUUUUUCCAGGGCACCAUGUUCUUUAACAUUUUUCUGCACAGAGAGCUAUGUUCAAAACAGGAAUAAUAAUCAUGCUUUUAUUCAGCACGGGGGGCUGAAGGGCAUUCACUUGCCCAUCAGGUAAGUUGCCUUGGCUUUACUGCAUCAGCACCAUCACAUCUUCCACAACUCCCUCCUCCCUGUAAUUGUUUGGUGGCGAGGAGUCAUCAGCCUUGCCUGACCUCUCUGCUGGUGGCCCCAAGUCUGGAGCCAUGGAGGCAAGCACAUCCUGCAGUCACACUAGAGAGAAGAUGGGAGGGGACUUUCCACCCCCCAAGGGGCAAGGUCUGCCCCUUUGUUUUGUCUGGCAAGGCAGAUCUGGCAGGACCCAGAACUGUCGGUGCUCUCGCUGGUCAAGGCACCGACUGACCCAACCUGGGGCCAGGGAGCAUUGACAGAUCCAUAAGGCCAGAGCAUCAUGCUGGGCAGGAAACUCCCAAGGGGCUCACUUGGCCUUUGACUCAUAGCCUUCACACAGGAUAUAUGUGGCUGUGCUUAGCCAGCCAGGUAUUCUUAGAAUUGGCAUCCACUGCCUUGGAGUGUCCUGAUUGAAGGGCACGCAAGCAUAUUAAAACAAAUGCCUGGCCCCAUCGGGCCCUUCUUGGGGCAUUUCAGUUGGCCUUCGGGCUUUUUGUACAGCCUCCUGCCCCCAGUGUGGCGCUGGCCAGCAAUUGGGGCUUUGUGCCUUCUCCCUGGGUGGGAGAAGAAAGAAGGAAGGUCCCUUGUUGACAGCAUCUCGGCCCCUUGCCCAGCCGGUUCGUUUUGUCUAUGUUUGGUAACCUCAGAGGGCUGUUCCUCAUCCAGAGACAUUUGGCAUCUAGAGUGGAAAAUUUCCCUUGCAAUAUUGCCAUGGAAACCGGCUGAAGGGCCUGUUCCCAUCAGCUUGUCGGCUUUCUUCCGAUUCCCGCAGGAGCUAGUUGCAGAGCCCGCAGGCAGCAAGAAGCACAUUUGCCCAUUGGCCCGCCCCUCUCCCUGGGGCGUCAGUGCAGGUUCUUCUGUGUUCUUCCCUGGGAAAUCCUGCAUCCAGCCUCUCCCGGCUGGCUCCCACCUCCCUCGGCCUCCUGGUCUCAUACCUGGGGAAGGAAGGAAGGAAGCCACGAGGAGCAGCCUUUUGAGGAGGCAUGAAGAACUGCAGCCUUUGACUUGGCCAAUCUGGAAGCCAGAGUUCCAGAAGUGGCUCUUGGGGGAGGGAGAAUGGGGCCCGCAGAGGUCAAGGCCCUUUUCAGCCACAAACAAGGCAAACAGGUCUCCUCCCUUGCCAUCUGGUGCAGGCACGGGUGGCCAUUCUGGACCUUUACGCCACAUCAGAGGAAGAACACCUUUGCCCAUGGGGAGGGAGGGAAAAGACUUGCGGGCCUUAAUUUGGUUGACAGCCUCCAAGGCUUGGAUGGUGGAGCAGGGGUGGGAGGAGUAGGCUGAAAGAUGGGAGAUGCCCCCCCAGCAGCAUCAUGAGCCCUGGAGCCCCCUGAAGGCCUGUCUUCUUUGGGGCUGGACCAAAGGCACGUAAGCCUAUUUGGUGACUCCUCCCCACCCGCAAUGGCCGGAUCCUCAGGGCUCCUGGGCAGCCUGGACCUCGGGUUGCCCAGUCUGCCUUGCAGGGAGUGCCACAGCCAACUGGCUGGAAAUCCCUCCUCUUUGCCAGAGAGAGGACGUGGGCAGCAUUUUGGGGCUGGAACACUCCACAUGGCCAUGCCAGCCAGCUGUCUGUCAGACACUGGUGGGACAGGAGGAUUGACUUCUUGGGGCUUCCAGAAUGUUCAUGGCACAUCCUAAUGGCAGCUUCAUUCUGUGUGGGAGGGACAGAUCUCAGAGGUCACCUAGUCCAGCCUUCCUCAGGGCAUGUUGCAGCCACCGCAUCCCUGAUGGGCUGGAGUGAUCCUCCCUUAGGACAGGCAGAGGAGCCUCGUUCGGGGGGGGGGGUUCCUUGCUGGGAGUGGGGGGCCAGCAGAGUGCCCUCUACUUUUCCUUUGUGAAAGGAAGGGGAAGGGACAGGCCCUCGGUCAGCCUAGCCCAACUUCUCUUCCAAGACCAGCCUCCUCAUUAUGGGGGCCCGUUACUCCCACUUCCUUAAGGGCUGUCAGGCAGGCUCUGCACGUUGAAGGGCAGCAGAGAAUGUGCCCUGGGCCUAGCAGGGCAAGCGAGUCCUCCUCCUUCAGACUGGCAGGGGGGUGUGGACUUUUGGCCCCCAGGGAACAACCUCGCUGGAAACCUGAAUUUGAGUCCCAAAGGGUGUUUUGGUGCCAGGGAACAGCAGGUGGAGAAAGAGGACCCUCUCCUGGGCUAACCCACCAUCGGCAUCCAGAUGCCAGUCCUCCCCUGCGGGCCCUGCAUUGGGGAAGGGGGCCAGGGCGCACGCGAUGCCCAGCCUGCCUGCUUGUGGUUUCCCACCAAACCUGCACCUGAUAGGAAGCCACUGUCUAGCCAUCUUUGGAGGUAGAGAUGCGGGGCUGAGGCCUCCAAGUGCACUCGGCAACUGCGCCCGACCCGCAGUCUGCUCCGCUGGUGUUGGUUACUGAUGGCGCCUGCCGGUUUCCAACUCUCCUAUCCUGUGCCCACCGUUCGUUUGAGGGCCCUCCGAGUCGUGCCUGCUUUGACACGGGAGCCUCGAGCCUUUCUCGGUGGCCAAGAUGCCAUUCGGCCGCCUGCUCGUCUGCCUACCGCGGAAAGCCCGGUUGGAAGCUGGCAGGAAGGGCUGUUGGCUUGGCCGCCGGGGUCCCUCGAGACGGCCUCGGGUCUUGCUGGGGCCGGGUCGGGG